UUCUCUUUAGCAGAAAUCUGCACUCAGAGGCUUUUAUUGUGAAAGUAUGGGAUGCUGGCUUCCGCUCUUUAUGUAAACAGCAAAGAUGGCGGCCUACGGUGCGCUCCGAGCCGUCCUCAGUUUGGCUUUGAGCAGAUCCAGAUGUGCCGGAAGACUCAGGCAUUGUGUCCUCUGCGCUCCGGUUGUUCCUGAAGCUGGAAGCCGCACAGCAUUCUGGGAAGCCAGGAGUGGACGCCAGGAGCAGAAAAGAAGUGGAGGCGGUGCUCUGUGGACCGCAGUUGCUUUCUCUCUAUUCAGCAGCUCUGAUGAAGACAAGAAGGACGAAGCUGAGAGGAAGAAGGACGAAAUGAUUUUGUUGCUAAAGAAAGCAAAGCUCAGUUUGCAUCGUGGGAAUCUUCAGGCAGCCUCCUCCUACCUCCAUCAGGCUGUAGCUCUGGCUCAUCAGACCCACAACAACCAGGCCAUCAUCUACACCUACAGCCAGAUGGCGAAUGUGGCCUACCUUCAGGGUCAUCUGGACAGUGCAGAGAAGCUCUUCAAAGCAGCCAUGAGCUUCAUGCUUGCAGGAGGAACUCCAGAGGACGACAACGCUGUUAUUGAGAUGUCUCUGAAGCUGGCCACCAUCUAUGCUGAGCAGAACAAGGCAGAACUGGCAGAACACGGCUUCAGAUUCUGUGUGGAGUCCCUGGAGGCCAAACUGGAGAAACACAAGGAGCAGAUGGAGGAUGAGAGGACAGAGGAGCAGGAAGUUCUGAGGAAAGACACCCACCUCCUGCUUGGCCUGUGUUUGGACUCGCGUGCCCGGUACCGAGCCUCGCUGCUGCAACUGGACCGGGCCAGACAGGACUACAGAAAGGCCCUGGACAUCUGCAGGACAGAACAGGGAGACACCCAUCCACAGACUCUGGUCCUGAUGAGCGACCUGGCCACCAUCCUGGACCUGCAGGGUCAUCAUGACGACGCCUUGGUUCUGAUCCAGCAGGCGGUGGAUGUGAGCCGCUCCACAGACCAUGAGGAUCAUCACCUGCUUCUGGGAAACCUGGCAGGAAUCCUUCUGCACACAGGCCGACUGGAGGAUUCUGUUCGGUUCUACCAGGAGGCUCUGGGCCUGGCCAGGCAGGCGGGAGACCAGGCAGCCGUCCAGCAGAUCCAAGAGGGACUUGAGGAGGUGAAGAAGAGGAGGGGCCAGGAGAGGAAUAAGCAGGAGGAGGAGGCAGCAAAGCUACCCUGAUGGUGCUGAUGGUUCUACUGGUGACCCCGCCCCAAUCCAGCAUGUGCCCUUCUUCAUGCAAACUACAGAACAAGAACCCUGGACUCAGGGGGGACUGGAGAAGAACUGUGGGGGUCCGGUUCCCUGCGGUGGGGGCCCGGGUCCCUGUGCCUCCCAUUUACUGAGCCGUUCCUGAUGACAGCAGUAAACACAGUGGAGGGGGCGGAGCUUAGUUACUGCAUGUUUGUUGUGUCAACAGAAAUAAAUCCUGAUGGUUGAAGCA